AUGGCCGACUCUACCACGAAAUCCACGCCUCCGGCAGGAUCACCUGCGGCGCAAUCUCCCAAGUCGGCCAAGUCCCCAAAGUCUCCGUCCGAGGCAGCUGGGCAGUCCCCCGCUGGAGCCACUGGCCCGGAGGCUGAGAUCACGAUCGAUGACGGCGAAUCGGAUAAUGCCUCUACCAUUGACGAUAGAAUCUCCUCGUAUACCGCAUCUUUAUCGUCUUCUGUCGUUGAUUACCCCACCGAGCACGGUCGUCGUUAUCAUUCAUUCCGGUCUGGAUCCUAUAUCCUUCCCAACGAUGAAAGCGAGAUGGACCGACUAGAUUUUUGCCACACCUUGUUGACAAAGACUAUCGGAAACAAGCUAUUUUUGGCACCGAUUGACGAGGCAAAGAUUCGUCGAGUUCUCGACGUCGGAACGGGGACAGGCAUCUGGGCCAUUGAGAUGGGUGAUAAGUUGCCCAACGCUGAGAUCCUAGGAAACGACCUCAGCGCCAUUCAGCCAGCAUGGGUCCCGCCCAAUGUCAAGUUUGAGAUUGACGACGUCGAAAGUGAGUGGAUUGGAGCAAAGUAUGACUUCAUCUUCAGUCGCUACAUGUGCGGGUCUAUCGCGGACUGGCCCACGUAUGUGAAGCGCGUCUACGAGAACCUCAACCCCGGCGGUUGGGCCGAGUUCCAAGACUGGAGUUUCAUGAUCUACUCCGACGAUGGCACGAUCGAGGGCACCGAGCUCCUGCGAUGGGUCGACCUCUUUAUGGAUGCCUGUAAAGUCUUUGGCCGAGAUGGGCAAAUCGGGCCAAAAUUGGAAAGUCUUGUGCGCGAGAACACUGGCUUUAUCAAUAUCCACCACAAGCCGUAUAAAAUUCCCGCCGGCCCAUGGGCAAAGGAUCCCCAUCUCAAGGAUAUUGGAAUGUUGGAACUGAUUCAACUGCUGGAUGGCCUUGAGGGCUUUUCUCUGCGUCUACUUUGUGGAGCGCUGGGAUGGACAAAGGAGGAAGUCCUUGUCUUGCUGGCUGGGGUUCGGAAGGACUUGAAGGACCCCAAAAUCCAUGCUUGGCUACAUUACAAUGUGGUCUACGGCCAAAAGCCAGAGAAAGAAGAGGAGUGA